AUCUCCAUACCCUUUUCUCCCCUUGCCCGCCAACCACGAUGGGCUUAUCAGGUCGAAAGGACAAGCAGAAGAUAGGCGAUGACCCUAGAAAUACCAAGUGGGCAAAGAAUGAAUCCAACCCUGGUUUCAAGAUCCUAUCUUCCAUGGGCUGGACACCUUCGACAACCACUCUAGGCGCCGCCUCGACCGCUUCUGAGCCGGCCCAAUCGACCUGGAAGCGACUCCCUGGGGUGAUCCUCCCGGUCAUCAAAUCCUCCACCUCUGGUCUCGGUGCCAAUCCAGCUCAAGCUUCCACCAGCACCUAUCUGUCAGGCGCCCCACGCUUCGUCCGAGCCUCCCAGGGCAUAUCAGUCGUCGAAUCGGAUCUCGAACCUUCCACGCUGGCAGAAAAUGAUCCAGAUCGGUCAACUAAACUUGCUAUCGUCUCUCAGGGCGGUGGCUUUGAUGAUCUUCUCAGCCGUCUCAAUCAAUCUAAAUCCAAAUCUAAAUCCAAAUCUAAGUCUAAAUCUAAAACCAAAUCUGAAAGCGAAACUGAAACGAGCACAACAACUAAGAUCAAGCGAAAGAAAUCUAAGAAGAGUUCUAAGUCUUCAGAGGCCGAACCUACGGAGGAGAAACAAUCAACCCGGAAGAUCAAGAAAUCCAAGAAACGGAAGACCAUGGAGGCUACGGAGCCAGAACAGCCUACCGACGACGACGACGAAGAAUUGGUGGCUACUCCAUCCGGCCCGAUCAGGAUCUCAAGGCCUAUCAAUCCCCGAGUAGCUGCACGAGCUAAAUUCAUCAAUUCGAAAAAACUGGCUUCAUCUGCGGGGAGCGCUCAAGCCAUGGCAGAAAUCCUCGGGAUCCCACCCCCUUAAUAGCACCUCAUUCAUUCCAUUCCAAUAAUCAACCCCGGGACCAAACCACAUCUUGAAAUCAUCGUAGAGCUUUCCGCUUCUAACUAUCCACAUACUUCAUCAUAAAUAUCCUCCUCCUCUCAAAACCCAUGCCAUCUUUGUACAUCCUAAUCAGUAUUUGAUCAUCAACUUAUGACCGCAUAUGGAUUGGACCUUGUUAUGAAUCUCCUUCAGAUCUUGACUCGCUUGUUUCCCAACAUAGACGCUCGA